CUUGAGGUGGCACGUGGAGACAGAGUACUUCCGGAGGCGUAGUUUCUCAACAGGAAAGUGGUUUCUCCAACGUCUGUGAUACGGUAUGCCAACUACAGCGCACAGAGAUAAGAAAAUGUAGAAUAACUCAUAGUUUUGGAAACAAGAAUUUCCCGGGUUUACAUGGGAAGCCAUAUUUUUUCUUCCAGAGGACAGGAGCGAAGGUUGCCCUGCAAAUCAAUGGAGAAAUGCAAGAUCUUAAUGUAGCAAUAAUUGAACAGCAAAAGCGGGUUCAUCCAGGAAAAAAAGUAGCAAAAUCAAGGGUUCAUGUUUUCUCAGGUACAUCUCCAGAUGUUCUUGCACUACAAUUCCCGUCAACACUUGUCAGUAUCGCCAAUGGCCAGGGAUUAUGGGAGUUGUAAUCAGUGAAAAUUUGGAGGGCACCACGUUGGUUAUCUCUGCUGUUGCCCAUUGUCACUCCUGUAUGUUGUUGGAGGUGGAAUUGAUACUAGUUUGCUUCCCCAGCUUCAAAUCUUCCCAAACAAAAAGCCUCUCAAGACUCAGCAAAGUUCAGUCUGCUUAACUUGUUCCCACGGCAAGCUGCCUAACCGCAAAUCCGGUAAUCAAUGGCAUUCCGAGGUCUUGUCCUCAUGAACCAAGUGCAGCGUGGUUGCGUGAGAAAAAACAUCCAGUUUGUGCGUAGGAGGAUCUUCACUUUCUCCAGGACCUAAAGAGGAGGAGGGGUCAAAGGUGAAAGGCCACUAACGACAGUGGCGCGAGGCGACGAGUGUGAGGGAUGGCUAAACAUCAUCCAGAUCUGAUCUUCUGUCGCAAGCAGGCGGGAGUGGCUAUUGGACGACUGUGUGAGAAAUGUGAUGGCAAAUGUGUUAUCUGUGACUCUUAUGUGCGGCCCUGCACACUAGUACGCAUAUGUGAUGAAUGCAACUAUGGCUCUUAUCAAGGGCGCUGUGUGAUAUGCGGAGGUCCUGGAGUCUCUGAUGCCUAUUACUGUAAAGAAUGCACCAUCCAGGAGAAAGAUCGAGAUGGCUGUCCCAAGAUUGUCAAUCUGGGCAGUUCAAAAACAGAUCUCUUUUAUGAGCGGAAGAAAUAUGGCUUCAAGAAAAGGUGAUCCCAUCUCCACCAUGGUGCAUUUGUGGGACACAGCAAGGAUUCCUAAAAUAUCUUCGGACUGUAGUCUUACUGGGAAGCAGCUAAUUUUGUUUUUAGUUCUUGCAAUUUGUUGGAAAAACUAGUACGUACAACUAAAUUUGGAGGCUGCUGUCUUUCUUCCCUUUCCUCAGCACCAGUUAAUGUUACUAAGGGAGGUGAGCACUGACUUCCAAUCCAUCCCUUUAUAGAUAAGCAACCUUAAUUUCUGUUGACUGAUGCCUUUCGCUUAGUGUUAUGACCAUUCCUGUAUUUUCUCUGAAAUAAGUCAGACCACUAUGUCAUUGUGAAUUAUGCAUCAAUAAAGUGUUACAGUAGUCUUCUAAA